GUGUAAGAUCCAUGAAGAAACAUGUUGAAUACGAAUCACGGAUCUGAAUCUUAACAAAACCAAAACCAGUCUACGAUUCCAUGUAGAAUUCGAAUUCGUAUACAGCUACUACCGAAUCACGGGAUCUUAGAACUACAAAUAUGAAAGUUUCCUUAAAUUUGCAACUAAUUACUUCCAAUUCUAUUAGAACUAGAUCCAAAACUAUAUUUCUUAAAAAAUUAGGUAUUAUUAACCCUGCGCAGACCUGCCCCUUGCAUGGCUGUUUAGUUUCUCUAACUUAUAUAGUCAAAAAGAAAAUCUGAAAAGACGUUUGAUCAAUGGCUAGAAACGUAUCGUCGUGGUCAUCCCUUUCUUGUUUGCCCGACGAGAUGGUUCUGAACUGCCUAGCCCGCGUCCCGAGACGCUACUACGAAAACAUCUCUUGCGUCUCCGUAAGGCUCAGGUCCCUUGUGCGUACCCCUGAGCUCUACCGGAUGCGAUCCCUCCUCCACAAGGAUUCCAUCUACGUCUGCUUCUGCGAUAGGGAGAAUUAUUCGACUGAUGCCACCUAUCUUUGGUUCACUCUCCGUCCCACGACAGCGACGAUGGAGUAUCAAUUGGUCCCGCUCUCGUUCCCUAGUCAUAAUUUCAUGUUCCGAGCUUCCACCGUCGCGGUGGAUUCAGAGAUAUACUUUGUGGGCGGACGUCCAAACCCGACCGAGUUGUGGAUCCUUGAUACCCGGUCUGGCAAGUUACGUCAGGGCCCGAUCAAGCCGGAGUUCCUACGAAUUGCGUCUAGCAGCGCCGUGGGAGUAUUCGACGGAAAGAUACAUGUGAUCCAAGACUUGAAACAAGAUGAGACCGAAGAACAGGUUUACGACCUAGAAACGCAAACUUGGAAAGUCGUGGGAGUCCCUGUCCCUGACGAGAAAGCGGAUAGUAGACCGAAUAUGGUGUCAAGUGUGUCAUUGGAGGGGAAGGUUUAUGCUAAGGAUUUUGGAAGUAUCAGUGUCUACAAUCUGAGACAAGGUACAAGAAAGGAGAAACUGGAGUUGCCAAUUGAUGAUAGGUGGGUUUCGUGCAUGUGUGUGGCAAACAAUGUGCUCUUUGCUUUUUUUACCAAAUAUGGGCUACUGUGGCUUGACACAAAGCUUAACAACGUAUGGAGAGUGGUUACUGGUGAUGUGCAGACACUGCAUCGAAAGUUGUAUGGCUCUGCAAUGGCGGAAUAUUAUGGGAAGCUAGCUAUUUUCUGGAGAGAAAGAUACAUUAGUACUAGUAUUAAUACUACAAAGAAUAAUAAUAAUAAUAACAAGAAGAAGGAAGAGAAGAUUUGGUCUGCAUUGAUCGCGUUGAAUAGGGUUGGAGAUGGAAUUUGCGGGACGAUUGAAUGGUCUGGUGUCGUUGCCACCAUCCCAUAUAUUUGUCAGUUCUUGCAUUGUUUAGUUGCUUCAGAUUAAUAAUUUGGCCCUCAAGUUUGUCCGAUGAAAUUGCGUAUUAGAAAGGCUUUGUAUCAUUAAUAGGCUUUUAUCUUUCUUUUCUUUUUUUUUUAAAGUUUCACUCAUCAAUUUAAAUUCUAGUGCUAGAUUUCAUAACGAUCUAGCGUGCUAGAUUUCAAUUUAAAUUCUAGUGCUAGAUUAGCCUCUUGUUCAUUCUCUCCAAGCUGAAGUUAUCCAGCGAGGUAAUUCCAUGCUCGAAGCUUCUCUAGCAAGCAGUAGCCCUCUACCGGAAGUAGUUUUAUCUUCUUGCUGUUGGAUAUUACCGGACUGGGGAACUCGAUAAUAGGAUCAUGAUUCAACAUCAUUGGAGGCAAUCUUUGGUCUUAAAGAAAUCCAUUGAAGACAAGAUCGCUAAGGAUGGUGUUAUUGGGAUAGGCAUCACAGCUACAACCGUUGGCCUCAUAGCUAGUGGAAUCGCUGCAGCUUUGGCUAAAUGAUCUGGUUCCUCUAUAGAUUUUGUGUGCAUAGAUGCUUUUAUACAAGUUUUGUUUUCUCAGCUUUGAAUUGGAUUUUCAAUUUGUUUUUCAUAUCUUUCUUAGUCGU